AGAGCCGGGGGCGGGGGCCGCGCGGCGAGAGAAAAGCGCCUGCCGGAGGGCCAACGCCGGCAGCCUAGGUGAGCGCGCCGAGGCGAGGCGGUAGCCGCGCGGCUUCCAGGCCCCACCAUGCUGUGGACCCUGCUGCUGCUCCCACUGCUCUUGCUGGUCGUGAGUGGAACGCAGACAACCCAGCCAUGCUUCCCUGGUUGCCAGUGUGAAGUGGAGACCUUUGGCCUCUUUGACAGCUUCAGCCUGACCCGAGUGGACUGCAGCGGCCUGGGCCCCCACAUUGUGCCUGUGCCCAUCCCUCUGGACACAGCCCAUCUUGAUUUGUCCUCCAACCGCCUGGAGAGAGUGAACGAGUCAGUGUUGGCAGGGCCCGGCUACACUACAUUGGCUGGCCUGGAUCUCAGCCGCAACCUACUCACCAGCAUCUCACCCACCGCCUUCUCCCGGCUUCGCUACCUGGAGUCUCUGGACCUAAGUCACAACGGCCUGGCAGCCCUACCAGCUGAGAGCUUCACCAGCUCCCCACUGAGUGACGUGAACCUCAGCCACAACCGGCUCCAGGAGGUCUCUGUGUCUGCCUUCACCACCCACAGCCAGGCCCGGGCGCUGCAUGUGGACCUCUCCCAUAACCUCAUUCACCGUCUGGUCCCCCAGCCUGCAGGGGCCGGCCUGCCCGCACCCGCCAUUCAGAGUCUGAACUUGGCCUGGAACCGGCUUCGUGCUGUGCCUGAUCUUCGAGAUCUGCCCCUACGCUACCUGAGCCUGGAUGGGAACCCCCUAGCGACCGUUGGUCGAGGUGCCUUCAAGGGGCUGGCAGGCCUUACACACCUGUCACUGGCCAGCCUACAGGGUGUCCCCCAGCUGGCACCACAUGGCUUCUCUGAGUUGCCUGGCUUGCAAGUCCUGGACCUGUCGGGCAACCCCAAGCUCAAGUGGGCAGGAACUGAGGUGUUCUCGGGCCUGGGCUCAUUGCAGGAGCUGGACCUGUCAGGCACGGGACUGGUGCCCCUGCCCGAGGUGCUGUUGCAUCACCUCCCGGCACUGCAGAGCGUCAGCGUGGGCCAGGGCACUCGGUGCCGGCGCCUGGUGCGGGAGGGCGCCUAUCCUCGGCAGCCCGGCUCCAGCCCCAGGGUGGCCCUGCACUGUGGAGACACCCAGGAAUCUGUUGCCAGGGGCCCAGACAUUUUGUGACGAAUGAUAUGGCCCGGGGCUACAUGACAGACUGCUGCCCUGGGCUUGCUCAGGUCCCACAUAACUUAUAUUUUAAUGUGCCAAUGCCAGUGGGGAGUCUGUAGGCCUACGUGAUGGCGUCCCCAUGGAGCCAUGGGCCUACCAAGGGCCGUAUGUCUGGGCCAACACCCUUGUCCCCAUUUCCCCUACACACCGUGAGCAGAGGGACAUCGACUCUGGUCCGUGCCUGCUGCCCUUCCUCACUUGUCCCUCAAGUGCCUUCCCUCUCGCCUGGGCUGACCUGACCCUCGGCAGGAGGAGGGUGGGUGGGAGCCGCCACUGCAGCGCAGACUCAGGUCCAUGGGGCUUGGCCCACGGUCCAGUCUCUUAGGGACAGGAGUCCCUUUUACAACUUAUUCCUUCUUUGUUUUGGAACCCUAGUUAGAACUUUAACUAUUAAAAUGACUAAAGAGAAAACUAAGUCCACCCUCCCUAUGGGACAGAUGGGAAAAUGAGGCCUGGAGAAGGAAACUCAUCUGAGGUCCCCCUGGCUGGAAGCUUGACUAGAACCCAGCCCCCUGCCUCCUCCCGGGGCCCUCUGCACUUCCUGUCUUUUCUAAUCGUCCCUUUCCUGGGCCUCCCCUCGCUGUUGCUGCUUUUUCCGUGUCAUCUCAGCAGCAGGAGCAGAGCAGAUACGGCCUCAGAGGUGGGCGCGGGGCCCGCUGACCUGCUGCAUGGCAUGAACCCUUUGGGAGCCUCGGAGAGCUUGGGGCAUGGCAGUCCCAGGCCUGCUCCUUUCUUCUCUGGGGUGGUCUCCAAGGAUCAAGACUGGAAAGAUGCCUGUUUCCCUGAGCUGCUCCCUGCCAGAGUGGGUGCCAUGCUGGGACCCCAUCCAGUGGUGCCCUCAAGCCUGAGCCCAGCAGAGCCCUCGAGUUCCCCUCACCUUCCCAUCGGCAGGGUCUGCCUCACCAUUUAUGCUCCACCCCAGGGUAACAUCUCAGCUUCCCAACCCUGGGCUCUUUCCUUUGUCUUCAUUUUAUAAGAAUUGUUGCCUUUUAAAUGAACUGUUGCUUUCACCCCACCCUGCUACCUCUGCUGGCAGGGGAUGGAAACAUGUCAUUUAUAAAACAGGAAGAGUUGCGUUUGUUCACUUUUA